AUGUUGAAAUUGAUAGGAAGCUUGAGUUGCAUAUGGCUACUCAUGGCCAUAUCUACUAUGGCUCAAGUCCAGCCUCCGGUGCUUGACACUGCUGGACAACCUCUAAGAAGCGGUGUAGAAUACUACAUCCUGCCAGCUGCAACUGAUACUGCUGGUGGAUUAACGUUACUGUCUCGCAAUAGAUCCUGCCCAUCUUUUGUUGGUCAAGAACCCCUCACACCGGUUGUAUCACAGGGCCUGCCUGUUGUCUUCACACCAUAUGCUACCGGAGAGACCAUUGUUAGGGAGUCCAGUAGCUUCAUAGUUAAAUUUUCAGCUGCCUCAACUUGUGUGAAGUCUACUGAGUGGAGCUUAACGGCAAGAGAUCCAGCAAGGUCGAGGAGGAAUAUUGUGACAGGAAGGGGAGCUUAUUUCAUGAUUACUAAGAGGAGCAAUCUCUAUUACUUGGCAUUUUGUCCUGCUGAUAUAUGUAACACCUGUAGGUUUGAUUGUGGGACUGCUGGCAUUACGAUUGAGAAUGGUAAGAGGUUUCUGACAUUGGAUGGUCCUGUAUUUCCUUUCAGAUUCAGGAGGGCUCAAGUUGCUAUAUCCAUGUAA